AUGGCCAGCUCCCCUUCACCGCGACCAGGCAGCUCCCUCUCCUUCCACGCGCCUCCCUCAGGGUCCACCUGUAUCGGGUCGCGACGCGAAUCCUCCAAACACGGUGAUCCUGCAUCACUAAGCGCUUCGCCCUUGAACCGCGUAGAGGAGAACAUCGGGAGAUUAUCUGCCGAAUCGUUCAUGACGCAACGCUGCACUGGCGGCGGCCAUCCGCGUCACUCCUCAACUCUGACUUUAGCGUCCGCGUCGUUCGCGGACAACGCCGGGCCGAGCUCUCCCGACGAGGUUCCUGUUCGGAUAGGCUCCUCGAUCGCGAGCAAGUUCACUCCAGAGAAAGCCCGCCUGCUGCGCCAGAAGAUGCGCGAAAGCGAGUCGUACCACGACAGGAUGUAUCACUCGGCUCUCUCUGAAGAAACACUUAUAAUUAGGUACUGUACCAUCACUCCAAGGUCUGGUAUAUAG